AUGAGGGCCUUCUUGCGAUCUGCUGAUGCCAUGGAAGAUGAGGAUGAGGAAAUCAAAGUGUGGGUUAAGCAAGUUAGAGAGGUCGCUUACGACGCAGAAGACAUCAUCGAUGAUUUCUUGUAUAGAUUUGAGCAUCCCAGGCGACAUGGAUUCUACGGUUACUUAUGGAAGUUGGCUCGCGGAAUCAAGAACUUGAAAGCUCGCCAUCGAAUUGCCUCCCAAUUGCAGAGUAUCAAGCUCGGAGUCACUGAUAUUUCUGAGGGGCACCAGAGAUAUGGCUACAGACUGAGUAUUCCACAGAUCGGGUCGAGCUCUGGAACUAAACCUUGCUACUUCUCUGAGCUUAGAAGCGAUGCACUGUUGCUGGAAGAAGCUCAACUAGUGGGCAUUGAAUCAGAGAAGCAAGAUCUUUUGAGUUUUCUUGUGAAUGAUACCUCUGAACUACAAGUGGCUGCUGUGGUCGGAAUGGGAGGGCUGGGCAAAACCACUUUGGUGAGUACAGUUUAUAAUGAUUUACAAGUAAAGAAUCAUUUUCAUCAACUCCAAGCUUGGGUCACUGUAUCACAAUCGUUCAAGCUGGAUGAACUUCUGAGGCAAAUUAUCAAGCAAUUGUUUAAAGCUAUCAAUCAACCACUUUCUAAUGAAGUUGAGAAUUCCACUGACACACACUUCCUAAAGACAACAAUUGUUGACUUUCUUAGUGGGAAAAGAUAUCUGCUUGUAUUGGAUGAUAUAUGGGAUGUGGAUGCAUGGGAAGCAUUAAAACUUUCAUUUCGGAACAACAACAAUGGUAGCCGAUUGAUGAUCACAACUCGUACUGAAGAUGUGGCCUCUUCUUCUACCAAAUACCUUGGAGGUUGGAUCUUGCACUUAAAUCCUUUAUCUUUUGAAGAUUCUUGGACUUUAUUUUGUGCAAAAGCCUUUCAAAGUAAUCUAUGUCCUCAGCAUUUGGAGAAAAUUUCACGAGACAUUCUAAAAAGAUGCAAGGGAUUACCUCUAGCCAUUGUGUCAAUAGGAGGUAUGUUGGCCACAAAGGACAUCAACAAGGUAGAUGACUUGGAGAUUAUUAACCGUUCUCUACAGGCUGAAUUGCAAGGCAAUAGAAAACUGAAAGGCAUGCAAGCCAUACUUUCUCUUAGUUUCAAUGAUUUGUCGUACAACUUGAAAUAUUGUUUCAUGUAUCUGAGUGUAUUCCCUGAGGAUUACUCGAUUAAACGCAAUGUUUUGAUUCGAUUGUGGAUUGCUGAAGGUUUCAUAGAAGGAAGAUCAUUAGAAGAAGUGGCAAAUGGUUGUUUUAACGAGCUUCUUAAUAGAAGCUUGGUCCAAGUGACUAAUAGAUACACAGAUGGAAGAGUCAAAAAAUGUCGAGUGCACGAUAUUUUAAGGGAAACUAUGCUUCUUAAAUCGAAAGACCAAAGCUUUGCAACAAUAACUAAUAAAGGGGGAGUUGUAGAAAGUUGCCAGAAAGAGUACGACGACUAUCUGUGCAUGAAGGAACAGCAAUAG